AUGAAACCCAGAGUCCUCCUCCUCUUCUUCUUCCUUCUCUCCUCUAUUUCCUUCUCUCACGCCACCACAGCCUACCCUUCUAUUCCCGGCACCAACUCUGUAGAAUAUGGCGCCGACACCGACGUUCUGAUUCCUCCUCGCCGCGAAGUGUAUGGCAAUGGCCGAAUCUUCGACAUCAGCCACCGCUACAGCACCAACAUGCCCGCCUUUGAGACCAACGACGGGGUUGGCGAGUUCCUGUGGCUACCCAAGAGCAUGAAGAACGGCUCCAUCGCCAACAACUCAGAGUUUAAGCUGCCCACUCACACUGGUACCCAUGUCGAUGCCCCUGGCCACGUCUUCGAUCACUACUUCGAUGCCGGCUUCGACGUCGAUACACUUGACUUGGAAGUGCUUAAUGGUCCUGCGUUGUUAGUUGACGUUCCGAGGGAUAAGAACAUAACUGCUGAAGUUAUGAAGUCCUUACAUAUUCCCAAGGGGGUACGUCGUGUGCUGUUUAGAACAUUAAACACUGACAGACGGCUUAUGUUCCAAAAGGAGUUUGACACCAGCUAUGUGGGAUUUAUGAAAGAUGGAGCACAGUGGUUGGUGGACAACACUGACAUUAAACUUGUUGGAAUUGAUUACUUAUCUGUUGCUGCAUAUGAUGAUUUGAUUCCGUCCCACCUUGUUUUUCUAGAAGGCAGGGAAAUCAUUCUUGUUGAAGCCUUAAAACUUGAUGACAUCCAACCAGGAAUAUAUUCUGUCCACUGCUUACCUUUGAGGUUGCCGGGUGCAGAAGGAUCACCGAUAAGAUGCAUUCUUAUCAAAUGA